UUCGAGUUUCUGAACUUAAGGAAGAGAGCUUUGUUUGUGUGGGGACAACAAAUCCGGAACCCAACAAAGCUUCGAACUUCUCAGAAAGAGAAAAGAAACCAACACCAGGGGGCUUGCUGCUGCGGCGAGAAACUCAAAAUUCAAGAGACACAGAAUCAGGGAAAUUCCUUUUCUUUUCUUCUUCGUCUUUCAAAGUCGUUUGCUUUCAAACAUAGAGAGGGAAGGAGAGAGUAAAGUCUGUGUACAGUUUAGGAGUCGUUGGUAUUUAAGUUUUUCAGGUUCAUUUGAAAUUCUUUUAAGAGAUAGAAAGAGAGAGGGAGGGAAGGAGGGUUGUGGGGUUGCUUUCGGUUUCGGCUGGGAAUUUGAAAGCUCUGCGUUCUUUUGAUUGUUGGGGGUUCCUUUUGGACCAUUGGAGGAACUGGGUCUUCUCCAUUUGAUGAGCGUUGGAGGAUUGUGUUGAGCGGGAUCUGUUGCUUUGGUGUCAUCGAAUGGCUGCACUGGAUAACAUAAUCGUUGGUUCUCAUGUGUGGAUCGAAGAUCCCAAGUUGGCGUGGAUUGAUGGUGAAGUUACAAGGAUAAGUGGAAAAGAUGUCCACGUACAGACUACAAAUGGGAAAAAUGUUGUCAUGAAUAUGUCCAAAGUAUUUCCCAAAGACACUGAAGCCCCACCUGGUGGUGUGGAUGACAUGACCAAGCUUUCCUAUUUGCAUGAACCUGGAGUUCUGCAAAAUCUUGCCACCAGAUAUGAACUUAACGAAAUCUAUACAUACACCGGCAAUAUCCUAAUAGCUGUCAAUCCGUUUCAAAGGUUACCCCAUCUCUAUGAUACUCACAUGAUGGAACAGUAUAAAGGCGCUGCGUUUGGGGAGCUAAGUCCUCAUGUCUUUGCAGUCGCAGAUGCUGCAUACAGGGCAAUGGUUAAUGAAGGGAAAAGCAAUUCAAUCCUGGUUAGUGGUGAAAGUGGUGCCGGAAAAACCGAGACUACAAAGAUGCUCAUGAGAUAUCUUGCCUUCUUGGGAGGGCGAUCUGGAGUAGAAGGAAGGACAGUUGAGCAACAAGUUUUGGAGUCAAAUCCAGUUCUUGAAGCAUUUGGUAAUGCCAAAACUGUUCGCAACAAUAACUCUAGCCGUUUCGGGAAAUUUGUGGAAAUCCAAUUUGAUAAGAGCGGUAGAAUAUCUGGCGCUGCUAUAAGAACUUAUCUGCUUGAAAGAUCUCGUGUGUGCCAAAUUUCUGAUCCAGAGAGAAACUACCAUUGCUUUUAUCUUCUCUGUGCGGCACCAGCUGAGGAUAAAGAGAAGUACAAGUUGGGGAGCCCGAAAUCUUUCCAUUAUUUAAAUCAAUCAAAGUGUUACGAGUUGGAUGGGGUAAAUGAUGCUCAUGAAUAUCUUGAAACUAUAAGGGCUAUGGAUAUAGUUGGGAUUGGUGAAGAAGAUCAGGAAGCAAUUUUUAGGGUUGUAGCUGCAAUUCUUCAUCUUGGAAACAUCGAAUUUGCUAAAGGAGCAGAGAUUGAUUCUUCAAAGAUUAAAGAUGAUAAAUCUAGAUUUCAUCUUGAUACGACUGCAGAGCUCCUCAGGUGUGAUCCAAAGAACUUGGAAGAUGCCCUUAUUAAACGUGUGAUGGUAACACCUGAAGAAAUUAUCACAAGAACACUUGACCCUGAGAAUGCUGUCAGUAGCAGGGAUGCUUUGGCUAAGACUUUAUACUCUCGUCUGUUUGAUUGGAUUGUAGAAAAGAUAAACGUUUCAAUUGGACAGGACCCAGAUUCUAAAUCAAUAAUUGGAGUUCUGGAUAUCUAUGGUUUUGAAAGCUUUAAGUGCAACAGUUUUGAGCAAUUCUGCAUCAAUUUCACCAAUGAAAAAUUACAACAGCAUUUCAAUCAGCAUGUGUUCAAAAUGGAGCAGGAAGAGUAUACUAAAGAGGAGAUAGAAUGGAGUUACAUAGAAUUUGUCGAUAACCAGGAUGUUUUGGAUCUGAUUGAGAAGAAACCGGGAGGAAUAAUUUCCCUUCUAGAUGAAGCUUGCAUGUUCCCAAAAUCGACACAUGCAACUUUUGCUCAAAAGCUGUACCAGACAUUCAAGAACAACAAACGUUUUAUCAAACCAAAACUAUCACGUACAGAUUUCACUAUCUUACACUAUGCUGGAGAGGUUAAUUAUCAAGCCAAUCAGUUUUUGGAUAAAAAUAAGGAUUAUGUGGUAGCUGAACAUCAAGCUGUGAUGACUGCUUCAAAAUGCCCCUUUGUUGUGGGAUUGUUCCCACCACUUAAAGAAGAAUCAUCAAAGUCAUCAAAGUUCUCUUCUAUUGGUGCUCGGUUUAAGCUACAACUCCAAUCUCUGAUGGAGACCUUGAGUGUGACAGAACCUCACUAUAUUAGAUGCGUGAAGCCGAAUAAUGUUCUGAAGCCUGCUAUUUUUGAGAACGUUAAUAUCAUUCAGCAGUUACGAUGUGGGGGAGUUCUUGAGGCAAUUAGGAUUAGCUGUGCUGGAUAUCCUACAAGGCGGGCCUUUUAUGAUUUUCUCAAUCGUUUUGGUCUUCUAGCUCCUGAAGUUUUAGAUGGAAAUUAUGAUGAUACGGUUGCAUGCCAAAUGAUUCUCAACAGAAAAGGACUUAAAGGGUACCAGAUAGGAAAGACAAAGGUAUUCUUGAGAGCAGGUCAGAUGGCUGAGUUGGAUGCCAGGAGAGCAGAAGUGCUUGGAAAUGCAGCUAGAAUCAUUCAGCGGCAGAUCCGCACUCACAUUGCUCGCAAGGAGUUCAUUUCAUUAAGAAAUGCAGCUGUGGAACUGCAAUCUUAUAUGCGAGGUAAUAAAUCCCGUGGAAUUUUUGAGCAGCUGAGGAGGGAGGCAUCUGCUGUGAAGAUUCAGAAAAACUUCCGCCUCUUUGUUGCCAGAAAAUUCUACUUAAGGAAACUAUCAUCUGCAAUUACAUUGCAGACAGGCUUAAGGGCCAUGGCUGCACGCAAUGAAUUCAGGUUCAGAAAGCAAACUAAAGCUGCCAUCACCAUCCAGGCUCACUGGCGGUGCUACCAAGCUCUUUCCUACUACACGCGUCUUCAGAAGGCUACAAUUGUUACACAGUGUGGGUGGAGAUGCAGAGUUGCUAGAAGAGAGCUCAGAAAUCUGAAAAUGGCUGCUAGAGAGACAGGAGCUCUUAAGGAAGCAAAGGAUAAGUUGGAAAAGCGUGUUGAGGAACUCACUUGGCGCCUGCAAUUGGAAAAACGACUAAGGACCGAUCUGGAGGAGUCUAAAACCCAAGAAGUUGCCAAGCUUCAAAAAGCAUUGAAUGCUAUGCAAUCACAAGUAGAAGAGGCCAAGGCUUUAGUUGUUAAGGAACGGGAGGCAGCACAAAAAGCUAUUCGAGAAGCACCUCCAGCUAUUAAGGAAACUCCUGUUGUAGUUGAAGACACAGAGAAAGUUCGCUCUUUUACUGCUAGAGUUGAAAUGUUGGAGGGUUUACUGAACUCUCAAAGACAAGCAGCAGAAGAGGCCAAACAAGCUUGUGUUGUUGCUGAGUCUCAGAAGGAGCAGCUUAGUAAGAAGCUUGAAGACUCAGAAAAGAAGGUGGAUCAACUUCAAGAUUCAGUUCAGAGUCUUGAAGAGAAGGUAUCCAACUUAGAAUCAGAGAAUCAAGUUCUCCGUCAACAAGCACUUGCUAUAUCACCAACUGCAAAAGCCUUAGCCCUUAGACCAAAGACAACAAUUAUACAGAGAACCCCAGAGAACGGAAGUAUUCCUCACUCAGAAGCAAGGAGAACUCCGCUAAGAGACCCAAUGCUGGCUUUGCCUAGUACAACGGAGUCUGAAAACGAGGACAAACCCCAGAGAUCUCUAAAUGAAAAGCAGCAGGAUAUACAAGAUAUGCUACUCAAAUGUGUAUCUCAAGACCUUGGAUUCUCUGGGGGGAAACCUGUUGCUGCUUCCCUGAUAUACAAAUGCCUUCUUCAGUGGAGGUCAUUUGAGGUUGAAAGAACUAAUAUUUUUGACCGUAUUAUUCAGGCAAUUGGUUCAGCAAUCGAGGCCCAGGAUAACAAUGAUGUAUUGUCGUAUUGGCUAUCCAAUUCCACAACCCUCUUGUUGCUGCUUCAACGGACACUAAAAGCAACCGGUGCUGCUAGCUUAACACCACAACGCCGAAGAUCAACAUCCUCUUCUCUGUUUGGGAGGGUAUCCCAGGGGUUCCGUGGUUCUCCACAAAGUGCUGGCUUCUCAUUCCUAAAUGGCAGGGUGCUCGGUGGUCUGGAAGAGUUGCGUCAAGUUGAAGCUAAGUAUCCUGCUUUGCUUUUCAAGCAGCAGUUGACGGCUUUCCUGGAAAAGAUAUAUGGAAUGAUAAGGGACAAUUUGAAGAAAGAGAUCUCGCCCUUGAUAGGGUUGUGCAUCCAGGCACCACGUACAUCACGAGCUGGUUUAGCCAAGGGACGAUCCCAGGCGAAUGCUAUGGCUCAACAAACACUUAUUGCUCAUUGGCAGAGCAUAGGGAGAUCCUUGGACAGUUGCUUGAAAACAAUGAGAGCCAACUACGUGAGUGGAAAUUCUUACUACGCGAAUGAAGAUCAAUUUCCUCUUUUCCUUUUUAUGCGGCAUGAACUCUUCAAUGUUGUGUUCCCACAGGUACCUGCAUUCCUAGUCCGAAAGGUGUUCACCCAGAUAUUCUCAUUCAUCAACGUUCAGUUAUUUAACAGCCUUCUUUUGCGUCGAGAAUGCUGCUCAUUCAGUAAUGGGGAGUAUGUAAAGACAGGGUUGGCUGAACUGGAGCAGUGGUGCCAUGAUGCAACUGAGGAGUUUGUAGGCCCGGCCUGGGAGGAACUGAAACACAUAAGACAAGCUGUCGGAUUCCUGGUCAUACAUCAGAAGCCAAAGAAAGCGUUGAAGGAAAUUACAACCGAUCUUUGCCCUGUUCUCAGCAUACAACAACUGUACAGAAUCAGUACCAUGUACUGGGAUGACAAAUACGGGACACAUAGUGUUUCAUCAGAGGUCAUCUCUAACAUGAGAGUCAUGAUGACCGAGGACACGAAUAACGCUGUCAGCAGCUCGUUCUUGUUGGAUGACGAUUCAAGUAUACCAUUCACAGUAGACGACAUUUCCAAGUCAAUGGAGCAUGUCGAUGUUGCUGAGAUUGAACCGCCACCUCUAAUUCGUGAGAACUCAGGCUUCUCCUUCUUACAACGCACAGACUGAUCUUUCGUCCUCUGCAGCCCUGUGAAUAUCUUGUUCUAUUGAAGCUCCCCAUUUAUGUAAUUAUUAGCAUUGCGCAUAGUUUGAAACAGUAGGGAAGGCAGUUCUGAUCUAGGGCAAAAAAACUGGGGGAAAAAACCACAAAGGAAAACAAAAGAAGAAAAGUAUAUGCAGAGGUCAAAGCACUUUCUCACUGGGAUCAUGUUCAAAGCAUGGCGAUGCAGUGCUACUUGAUUCAUUUUUCAUUAGUCUGGAAACGAUGAUGUGUAGUGUAGAAAUUAGCUGCCAAUGGUUCUUUUUAAUCUCUUCAUUGGCUGCUAUGUAACUUCUUGUAAUGUCUGAACUUUUGUCCAAAAGACCAACAAUCCCAUUGUUAGUUAAUGAAGUGGAGUCUUAUUGAUUGUCCA